GUGCGGCGGAUCUUUGAGUCACGUCUGGGGAGCUUAAAAUGUGAAGGGAACGCUCGGGGAAGCAGAAUCAGACUCAGACUCAGACUCAGACCCAGGUAGAAGGAGAAUGUUUGGCGACUACGGCACACUGAGCGGGCGGUCAGUGCUGGCGACCCUGCUCCUCGGCGGUCUGCUCACUCUCGGCCAAGCAGCCAACCCUUGCUGCUCCAACCCGUGCCAGAACCGAGGGAUCUGCAGCACGGUGGGUUUCGAUCGUUAUGAAUGCGACUGCACCCGCACCGGGUUUUACGGACAGAACUGCAGCACGCCCGAAUUCUGGACUUGGGUGAAACUCGGCCUGAAACCCAGCCCGAACACCGUGCACUACAUCUUGACUCACUAUCCUGGGGUAUGGAACAUCGUCAAUCAGAUCUCCUUCCUGAGGGAUAUUAUUAUGCGUUACGUCUUAGUGUCCAGAUCUCAUUUGAUUGACAGUCCUCCUACAUAUAAUUCAAAGUACAGCUACAAGAGCUGGGAAGCCUAUGCCAAUAUCUCCUACUACACGAGAAAUCUCCCUCCAACUCCUGAAGACUGCCCAACCCCAAUGGGAGUAGUUGGAAAGAAAACAUUGCCUGACCCCAAGUAUCUAGCAGAAAGAUUCCUCCUGAGGAAGACGUUUGUGCCUGAUCCCCAAAGGACUAAUAUGAUGUUUGCCUUCUUUGCCCAACAUUUCACUCAUCAGUUUUUUAAGACGGAUGUGAGCCGAGGCCCUGAAUUCACAAAGGGACUGGGACAUGGCGUUGACCUAAGUAAUAUUUAUGGAGAAACUUUGGAUCAACAACACCAACUGAGACUAUUUACAGAUGGGAAACUCAAGUAUCAGAUUGUAAAUGGAGAAGUCUAUCCUCCCACUGUUAAAGAUGCAGCUGUAAAGAUGGUGUACCCUCCUCAUGUCCCAGAACACUUGCAGUUUGCAGUGGGACAGGAAUUCUUUGGUCUGGUCCCAGGUUUGAUGAUGUAUGCAACACUUUGGCUGCGGGAACAUAACCGAGUCUGUGAUGUAUUGAAAGUGGAGCAUCCUGAAUGGGACGAUGAACGGCUUUUCCAGACUACCAGACUGAUACUGAUAGGAGAGACAAUCAAAAUUGUAAUUGAAGAUUAUGUGCAGCAUCUGAGUGGUUAUCACUUCAAGUUGAAAUUUGACCCAGAGUUGCUCUUCAACCAGCAAUUCCAAUAUAGUAACCGGAUUGCAUCGGAGUUCAACACUCUCUAUCACUGGCACCCUUUGAUGCCUGAUACCUUCAAUAUCGAGGACAAAGAGUACAACUACCAUGAAUUCCUCUUCAAUAACUCAGUGCUGCUGGAGCAUGGCAUUUCCAACAUGGUGGCUUCAUUCACUAAGCAAAUUGCUGGCAGGGUUGCUGGAGGCAGAAAUAUGAAUGCAGCAUUGAUAAAAGUGGCUAUUGCUACCAUUGAGCACACUCGACAGAUGCGAUACAAGUCUCUAAAUGAGUAUCGAAAGCGCUUUUCAUUGAAGCCCUAUGAGUCUUUUGAAGAGCUCACAGGUGAAACAGAAAUGGCAUCUGAGCUGAAGGAACUUUAUGGGGAUAUUGAUGCAAUGGAGAUGUAUCCUGCCCUGAUGAUAGAAAAACCAAGGCCUGGAGCCAUAUUUGGAGAAACAAUGGUCGAGAUGGGUGCACCCUUCUCUUUGAAGGGUUUAAUGGGAAAUCUUAUUUGUUCUCCAGAAUAUUGGAAACCCAGCACCUUUGGCGGCAAAGUUGGCUUUGACAUUGUAAACACUGCAACGCUGAGCAAGUUGGUCUGCAACAAUGUAAAAAGCCCUUGCCCAAUUGUUUCAUUUAGUGUUCCUCAGUCUGUCCCCAGCAAAGCAGGCUCAGUCAGCUCCAAAUCUCCCAGUCACGAUGUUAAUCCACAUGCACUCUUGAAAGAGCAGUCAACGGAACUUUAAAUUUGUUUUUAUUAAAUAACUGUGCUAUAAAGUAUCACCAGAGCUUAUGAUAAAGGUGCUACAAUUGGUCUGAGUGGAAAAAGAAAUAUCAGUCAGGGUUUAUGUUCUUGCUUUGACUUCCUCCUCCUGCAUCGCUUGUGUCCAUGAAAUGGAUCAGGCUUGGGUAUGAUAUCCCUAUCUACUGAACAAGUGUUUCACCAACACAUAGUGCCAAGACUCUCAUGUGAAUAAUGCCUACUAUUGUGAGUUACUGAGAGGUAACCAGCACACCUGAAACAAGUUAAUUCAUCCAGGUGGAGGAAAGCAUUGGCAGUAGAAAUUGGAAAAAAGAUGAAACACGGUCCCACAUUUUAUAUUGACUAUCUCCAAAAAUACAUCUCCUUAGCUUGUUCUUAUUGUGCUCUGUGGAAUGUUGAGCCUGAGUCCAUGAUAUGACAGACUGUGUACUCUUUCAUUAUUCUCAAUACUUGGGUGAUGCUGCAUUUAAUAGUUGUAGCCUGAGAAAAUAAUCAGUCACAUCAGAAGGUAUUUUAUUCAGAAGGUCCAACAGUUUUUGAUAAGAGUUGAAGAGCACAAUGUCAAAACAACUGAGACACUUUCCUUGUCUCUACUGCUGAAACUUUGGCCACAUGCUGUUUGAUUGUCUCAGUCUACAAACGUCAAUGUAAUAUGCAUCCCUGGUCCAGAUCCAGAACACUUCUGCUGCUAAUCUCAGUUUGUGAGGGAGACUUGUCAUUUUGAAGUUGAUGACUCCUGUUUAGAUACACAGUGCAGCAACAUCCAGACAUCUUUGUAUUGGUACAGGUGCAUUUAGGCAGGGGUUCUCAUACCCUUACACGUGCCAUUGAAUCUUCGUGAAUGUACACAUGAUGAACAAUCACUGUCUAUGCUUACAUGAGGUUGCUGUCACUUUUGGAAAAGUGCUUUAGUAUGACUGAACUUUAGUGUUCAGUGGAGAUUAAUUAUAUUCAAAGGGCUUUAAAAACUAUAUUUGUUAUUUAAUUUAACUUAUUGUCUUUAUUUAUUUAUGGAGAAAUCAAAUGCAGUUUAUAUGAAAUAUUGUAUAUUUUGAGACAAUGGAACAAAGACUCCAGAAUUUCUAUUCUUGUGUUCUAAAAUUUAUCUUAACAAUGACAUAAGCAGGAAUUUGUACAUGUGGGAAGGGAAAACAAAACCAUUGAAUUCUCCCAACAAUAGUAGGGUAGAACUCUUACUGUGCAAAAUAUGGUUUAUGAUUGUACAAAUGGCUGGUAGUGAAAUGUUUUUUUUAACCGAUAGCCUAGCUGCUGUGCAGCAAGCUUGUAAUCAGCAAACCUUUAACACAAAAGGCAGAAAUCCUCCUGUAUGUACCCAACAACAAAGUAGAUUACAAAUUAAAACAAAAGUAAUAAGAUAAAUUGUUCAGACCUUACAAUUUGAGGACAAUGCACUGUUCAUCUCUGCCUACUCACUUGAUUGCAAGCUACUGUAAUUGAACAUUGUUUCAGAACAACAUCCAAACUUUAAUUUUUUUAAACGGAAUAUUUUGUACUGUUGACAGAUUGCACUUUAUAAGUAUUUCCUUUUGUACUUGGAAAAGAUAAGUGAAAGAACAAAUAAUUAAAAAGAUGAUGAAAAUAAUAA